AGAGUCACAGUGGAGCUGGAAUGUUGUUGCUGUCAAUGGGAGCUUCACCAGAGAAACUUUUACAGACAAAAUAUGACUGCAAAGCGGCUAAAAUAGCUCUUACCAGACCCGGAAUAUUUGUUUCCUACCCAGCAACUCAGCUGCAGUGCCCUGUGUUAAAGAAUGAAUGUUGAAGACAAGUUGGAAGGCAUUUUCCUUAAAUGCAGUAGCACAGCAGAGAUACAGACUCCCAGAGGUCUGGUUGCUCCAGAGCAGUCAGUGAGAGGUAAAAUGGAGUGCCAGGAUCUGGGGUUGGGGGAACGUGACAUCCCCCAUGACGUUAUUCUGGGUGAGGAGGAUGAUGAAGACCUACAGGACAGCCAGCUGCCUCAGCAGGAGCUCAUCCCCCAUGAUGAGCUCAUGGUUCACGAGGAGACGGUGAAGAAUGAUGACGAGGACCAAGAAAUGCAUGACAGGCUUCCUCAGGAGCUGCACUAUUCCAUGCAUUUACCGGUACAUGUUAAACAGGAAAUAAAGUUAUCAGAAGAGCCAGUACAGAUGAAAAAGGACAGUAAACAGCCCAGAGACAUGAUUGAUUGUCAGAAAAAGAAGAAAAGAAAACAGCGUUCUCCUGCAAAGAUUCUUACAAUAAAUGAAGAUGGGUCCCUAGGGCUUAAGAGUCCAAAGUCUCACGUUUGUGAACACUGCAGUGCUGCCUUCCGAACAAACUACCAUUUACAGAGACAUGUCUUCAUCCAUACAGGUGAGAAGCCGUUUCAGUGCAGCCAGUGUGAUAUGCGUUUCAUCCAGAAGUACCUGCUGCAAAGACAUGAAAAGAUUCACACCGGUGAAAAACCAUUUCGCUGCGAUGAGUGUGGAAUGAGAUUUAUACAGAAAUACCAUAUGGAGAGGCACAAGAGAACUCACAGUGGAGAAAAGCCUUACCAAUGUGAAUACUGCCAUCAGUACUUCUCCAGGACUGACCGGGUACUGAAGCACAAGCGCAUGUGCCAUGAGAAUCGGGACAAGAAAUCCAACAAAGCUGCAGCUAAGGCAGGACUCUUGGGAAGUGAUGAAGACUUUGGCCUCACCCCUCCCCCGAAGGAAAGCUCACUGCCAAGGAAAAAGAGGCAGAAGACCAGUGAGAAACCAAGGACUUUGGUUGCUCUUCCUGAGAAAGACGAUGGUGGAGAAAACCUUGAGCAAAAGAAUGUCAAAAACGACUAUUUGCCUUUGUAUGCAAUUGCCUCCAAAGUCAAAGAUGAGUAUAUGGUGGCAGAGUAUUCUGUAGAGCUGCCGCACUCCUCUCUUGGUGGUGGACAGAUGGGUGAAUCAUCAUCUCAGAUGAUACACCCUCCUAAAUUAGUCCUUAAAAAGGUUACCAACAAGAGAACCCAGAAACAGCCCUUGGUCGAAAGCCAGAAUAUGUCCCAUUUGUCAUCUUCAUUUGAAGAAAGUAAAGUUACCAAAUAUGCUUUUGAACUUGCGGACAAGCAAGUUCUUCUAGACUCGGAGAGUAACGCUGACAUGGACCAUGUAGACACCCUGCAGGAGGGUCCAAACAAACCUGCAGCCAGCAGUAAUAACUAUGAUGAUGCCAUGCAGUUUUUAAAAAAGAAAAGGUAUUUGCAGGCAGCCACUAAUAAUAGCAGGGAUUAUGCCCUAAAUGUUGGCACAAUAGCAUCUCAGCCCUCUGUCACCCAAGCAGCUGUGGCCAGUGUCAUUGACGAAAGAGCCACUGUCUCUAUUUUAGAUACACAGACCUUAAAUGUUGAAAUGAAGUCUGGCCAUGACAAGAAUGUUAUUCCAGACGAAGUCCUCCAAACUCUUCUGGAUCACUAUUCCAACAAGGCAAAUGGACAACAUGAAAUGUCUUUCAGUGUGGCAGACACCGAAGUGACAUCCAGCAUAUCAAUUAAUGCAUCUGAUGUUACCGAGGUCAGCCAGGCUGAGACUGUUGGGACGAGUUCCCAGACCUCGUCUACAGAAAAAGCCAGCAUGCUGCAGGAGUAUUCUAAAUUUCUUCAGCAAGCCUUGGAUAGAACUAGCCAGAAUGAUGCCUAUUUAAAUAGCCAGAGCCUUACUUUUGUGACCGAGACCCAAACUCUUUCCAGCCAACCUCUGUUUUCCACAAUUGAUAAGCAGUAUACCUUGUCUAACCGGUCCGGCUUUCGAUCCGGGAUGAACUCUCCAUUGAGGUCCUCUUCAGAGAAGUCUCACUUUGGGCUGAUCGUAGGAGACUCUCAACACUCCUUCUCAUUUUCAGGGGAUGACACUAACCACUCUUCUGUCUUGCCUGCGGAAGACUUUUUAGAGCAGGUUACCUCUUCAAAAAAGAGUGACACCCAACCGAUCCAUCAGGCCUUUCAGAUCGGUACUUUUGAGCAGAACUCAUUUCAGUUCCAAAGCUCAAGGUCUGGAAUCUCCUCCCAGUUCAACACUGCCAAUGGACAAGCGAGCCUGCGUGGACAUGGGCCUAGCACAGACUUCCCUGAGUUUCCUUUGGUUAAUGUGACUGAGAGCAGAACGCCGAUGACUUCUUCACCAGGUGCCACAACCAGCCAAACAUUUGGUUAAAUGAAACCUAUAUAUAAAAGGCACUUUACAUCCACACUUUUUUUUUUUUUUUUAAACUUGCAUUUGUGGGAAACCUUUUUAAAUCUGACCAACUUGCAGUUUAAAAUCUAUAAGGGUUUAUUUCCCUUUAACCUGCCAUUUCAUCCAAUGGCAAGAAUCAAAAUACAAUCUUUAUUUAUCUCGCAAUAGUUAUUUUGCAUGCCGCUUUAAAAAUGUUUACUUCUGGGUUUAUUUUAACCAUGGAUUUCAAUACCCCAGAUUGUCCUGAAUAAUGAGACCAGAAGUCAAACCUGCCAGUCCAUAAUCCUGUAGUUUCAAGUAUGGUAUCAGUGUAACCCCCUUCCCAAGCCAGCUAUGGCUUAGCACUAUUUGCAGUUUAUAGAACAAUAUGUUGGUACUUGUACUGACAUUUGGUAUUUCUCAUCUAUGUUUAUUUUUAGAUUUUUUUUACUUUUAAUAAUGUGUUUUUUUACUACUGUAUCGUAUUGGACCUGAACAUUGUAUUUUGGAGACUAUCUUACUGAUAACUCACACCGUAAUCAAUGAACAGUUACACUGAGUUUGUUAUGGAAUCAUAUAUCAAUUUUUGGUAGUUGACUGUAAUUCAAGUGGCAUUUGUUGGAACAUCAGUAAAAGAAAAUAUAAAACACAUUGUAACUGGGCAAUAUAUAAGACCUUUUAAAUAUGUGCUAUAGAGGCUGUUAUAUAAUGUUUACUGUUGAAAAAGUAGAAAUGAAUGUUUAUUUUUAAAUUUAAAAAAUCAGGCACAUAUUUAAAGGCUAAUACACAGUAAUUAGAUUGGAUUUAAUUUCAUUGUAACACUUUUUUAAAACUAAAAAUCAAUUUCUUCAAUAUUUUGAUUGAUAUGAUUUAAUUUACUUUUGUAGCUAAGUAGACAGUUGGUUUCAUUAAGUAUGUUACAUACUAUAAUCUAAAACCCCACGUGAAUUGAAUUGCACUUAAUUGUCUUUUUAUAUGCUAGCUUACGAAUAAGGUAUUUAAGUUCUUAAGGAGUACCACAGAGCAUGAUAAAAACAAGUGUAACUGACCAAAUUUGCAUAGUGCAUGAUUUUUAGUUUCCCCAAAUGUUUUUUUUUUCUUUUUUUGUUAUGAUAUUAUAGUGAAUAUGAUAUCUGUAUUUUUUUACUCUUUCAAUACUGCAGGUCUUUAUAGAGGUUUUGGAAAGAUAACUCAAAAGGUCAUAACAUUUGUGACCCUUUCAGUCCAUUCCAACCAUUAUUAUUAUUAUUUGUUUGUUUAGCAGACGCCUUUAUCUCAGGCGACUUAGACUAGGGUGUGUGAGCUAUGCAUCAGCUGCAGAGUCACUUACAACAACGUCUCACCCAAAAGAAGGAGCACAAUGAGUCAGUGAGCGAGCCAGGAUCUUAACCAGGGACCUCACAAGCCCUUUUCUUUUAAAAAUAAAUAAAAAUUACAAAAUGGAACUAACUUUUUUUCAAAUAAUGCCAAACAUUGUAAAUGCAUUUCAACACAGCCAUUGCCAUCAAUGGAAAAGAUGAUAGACAAAAUGUGGAUUAAAACCAGACUCCCAUUCCAUAGCAGUUUUAAGCAUUCCAGGUUUUCGUUUCUCACACAUGAGAUUAUUUAUGCAAACCAUCCCCACACAAUAUUAUUCAUGUGGUG